AUGGAUAAUUCUAUUUAUGAUCCUAUAUUUGGAUCAUUAAUUUCAAAUGAUUCAACUUCUCGUAAACUUUAUUUUUCUUCAAAAGAAAAUCGUAUGAAUUUUAAAAUUAAUGAAAAUCAAGUUUGGAACUUUGAUUUUUUUAAUUCUUAUAUAGACUUUAAUAAGAUCACUGUGAAGUUACCUGGACUUUUUGAAAUCGGUGUGUUACAAUAUUGGGAUGGUCAACCUUUUCGAUAUGUAUGCAAAGCACGUGACUCUUCCGCGGUCUUCUUUGUUGUGAUAUUUCAAUUAGUUGAAGUAAAAGAUGAAAUAAACGAAAAGAAUUCAAUUCAAAAUAAAGAGAAUUUGAUACCUGAAGGGAUUAAAUCGGAAAAUAAUAUCAUAUCUACACCAAUAUUUCUUAAAGAUCAACAAAAAUAUUCAGGU